AUGAGUCAGUUUAUGGAGUCACCUAAGAAAGCUCAUUGGGAUGCUGUAUGUCGCAUUCUUCGAUAUCUUAAAAGCUCUCCUGGUAAGGGAUUCAUUUAUAAAUCUAGUGGUUCUUCCACUUUGGUUGGCUAUUCUGAUGCUGAUUGGGCUGGGUCAACAUAUGAUCGACGGUCUACAACUGGGUAUUGCACUUUUAUUGGUGGUAAUUUGGUUACUUGGAGAAGCAAGAAACAAACUACCAUUGCCAGGUCUAGUGCAGAGGCUGAAUAUCGUGCUAUGGCACAUACUGUAGCCGAAUUGUUGUGGUUGAAAUCUCUUCUCCAGGAGCUUGGAUUUUCUAUUAAUCAACCUAUUGACAUGAUGUGUGAUAAUCAAGCAGCCAUUUAUAUUGCUAGGAAUCCUGUUUUUCAAGAGCAAACUAAGCAUAUAGAAGUUGACUAUCACUUUGUUCGUGAUCUUUGUGAAGCGAAGUUGGUUGCUACUCCUUACGUUGCCUCUAGAGAUCAAUUUGCUGAUAUGUUUACCAAAGCAUUAUUUUGUCUUGCUUUUGUUGCUAGUUGUUCCAAGCUAGGCAUGGGUGACCUAUAUGCUCUAGCUUGA